CAAAAUAAGUACAGCACGCAGCAGGUGCCUCAACUUGCGGGACCUUAUUAACUUCGCAGGCUGAGGAAGGAGUUUCUCUUUGAAACUGGGAUCAACGGGCUCCAGUCCUGUUUGCUACAGCUGCUCCGACGCUUCCAAUAAUUAUUGCUUCGGAGAUAAUGAAAAUAUAUCAUUAAUUGUAAGACGUAUUGUACUUAUUUUGAUGAUUCUGGAGUACCGCUUGUAUGUACUACAUGCCUUGUAAUAGCGGGUACAUUUCGUUGUACUUUGCUUGCCAUAUAUUCGUUGUACUUUGCUUGCCAUAUAUUGUGUCUUUGUAUACUGGCCCGAACCCCUGGUUUUUCUAUUUGUGUAUGUUUUCAUACAGCGGGUUCCUUAUUUUUGUGCAAACUCUGAGAAGCGCAGGCCGGCCAGUUCCUCGGGAAAGGCGCGGAGUCAACUUGCGCUUCACGGUUUGGGGCUUUAGGAAUCUCACGUUCAUAGUUAAUACUUUUAUAUUUCCUAGUUAUUUAACUUCUCCCUAGACGCCUUUCUCUCCCGCCGCCCGCCACUUCCCCAACAGAAGCUCGGUUCUUCUUCUUCUGUUUUAUUUUAUUCCUUAGUUUGGGCUCUAAUUAAUUUUUUAAGUAUCUUUUUAUUCCUCCUCCUGCUGGGAAAUGGUUCUAGUUUAGCCCUAUAUACUUUUCUCCCCCUCCGUUUUUUUUCCCUUUUCGCCCUAUCUGGAGCGGCGGUUCAAUAAAUAACUUUAAUGAGGAUGGUUUAAUUGCUUUUGGAUGCGGACUGCAGACGAAACGUUUGGCUGAAUUAUUUCUUCGGGAGGAGAGUCUGAGUUUACUUUCCUUAUCCAGGCUGCCAAAACUGUCUUCAUAAAUACUCUCAAUCUUCUCUCUCUCUCUCUCUCUCUCUCUCUCUCUCUUUAAGUGACUCUGGCGUGUGUGCUUGGAGGGGGUGGGGAGAUCAUUGGAAAGAUGCUUAGCAUUUUUUUCUUUAUUUAGCAUUCCCCAUUCUGUUCUGGAAGACGCCUCUAACCUGAGAAAUGUAUUCCAUUUGAAAGUUUCUUUGCUGAGCCUGAGACUCCUUAAUCAAGAAUUGCCCCCCACCCCCGUAAUGUUAAUCCUCCCACCCUUUCGUCCUUUUCACUCCCUUUUCCCGCCUAAUUUUAAGUUCCGCGUAAAUCCAGCAAAAUAAACAUGUCAGCUGGGGAGACUAACAAGUCAGGCCGCCGUGAGUAACUGCCCUGCCGAUCUGACAAAUACGGUAGAUUAUGAGCCGGAGUGCGCCAUCCAUUUGAGAGAGACAGAGGGACUGAGUAGGGCUCCCUGUUGGCUUGGGAGAGAGAGGGUAGCUUUAAAAUUGAUGGCUCUGUGCGGCCCGUUAUUAUUAAUAAUAAAACGUCUCCAGCCUGGUGAGUAAUCUUGAAAAGGGCUUUUUGAGUGGUGGGCUCUGAAAUGAGUUACCGCUUUCCCACGGGACGCGGGCUGAAUCUGGGAAUUGGAGAAUUCGUAGGACCGGAAGGAAGAAAGGAAGAUCCUAUAUGUACUAAAAGCGAGCUGCCUUAUCCAGUGGAGGAUGGUCCAUUAGGGCAUGUGGGGCGCUGCCCCACCAACUUCCGUCGUCCCUCAGUCAGCCCACACCUGCCUGUUUUCUCUUUUGCUGUCAACUUCCACUUCCUCAGUUUCUGUAAAACUCAAGAGCAGGCAUAGGCAAACUCGGCCCCCCCAUAUCUUUUGGGACUACAACUCCCAUCACCCCUAGCUAACAGGACCAGUGGUCAGGGAUGAUGGGAGUUGUAGUCCCAUAACAUCUGGAGGGCCGAGUUUGCCUAUGCCUGCUCAUGAGGGAGGAGGAUGCCAAACUAGAAUUAAUUGGCUGUGCUCUCUGGGGCCACCUAAUGGUAGGCUCCCUGUCUUCCUCCCUACCGGGUCUAAUGGACACCAGCCACCAUUGCAGUUAUCCUAGCGUGGAUUCUUAUGCACCCCAAAAGGCAUAAUCUUUGCAGAAGGAGGAGGUGUCUGCAGGCUUAGGAGAACCUAGGGAGAAGUGGCAAUGCUUAGUGGUUUGGGAACGCUGACUGGCUAUGGAAGGAGGUUAAUGGAAUGGGGUGUCCCGGGAAAGGGCAUGGUUGGGUGGAGCCCAGAGCAGGAGUGCUCCACACAGCAACAUUAUGUUGCAUGACUAUGGAGGCCCAAAUUAAGGUCUGUUGAAUAUCAGGGAAAGUGGGACAUGGGAUUGGGUAGAGUGGAAGAAAAAUGCAUUAAUGGACAAACAUGGACCAAGGUAGCCUUUCAAACAUUGGUGGUUUAAUUGAUCAGGACUAGAAUAUCUGCUUUACUUAAACCAGCUAAGGGAAGUUCAGGGUCUUCACCAUUGGGAGACAAUGAAAGGUUGGCAUACUACCACACCAUGAUUUACAGGAUUGCAACUAACCUUCAGUAGAAAUUAUUAUGUCAGGCCCUUAGAGAGAGUCAUUAGGUGAAUGCAGCACAAUUCAAUAAAAUCUACUCAGAACUAAGUCCCACUGAAUUUAAUGGGGCUUAACUCCAGUUAAGUGAGCAUAGGAUUUGUGGGAAGAUGUGCAGGUAAAUCACAAAUGCAUGAUUGCUAGAUAGUCAUAUCCUCUAAACUUCUGUGGCAGAAGGGAAACAACACAAACUUAAUAUAUCCUUCUUCCUGUUGCUAAACACUCCUUUUCUUACCUCCAGUGGGGCAGGAUGUCUGUUAGCUCUCCUCCAAAGAACACACUCAAUUUUGAACUGGACUAUGGACUUCUGCGACCUUUACGGAUUAUUGGCUGCCUGGUUUUCAUCACUGUAACUGUUGAAUCCCAGCAAAACGUUUGAGGUGAGUAAACCUUAUAUUUUCUAGUUAAUAGUCAGAGAGUGAUUUCUUUGCUAAAAGAGAAACAUAAAUGGGAGAAGAUAAUAAUCUAAGUCGGCCUAAAACAUCCUUGGGUAUCAUAAUUGUUAUAAAAGGUUAUGCAACCUUGGCCUAAUAGCUUAUAGAGAGAUAAGCUGCACACAGGUGGUGAUUUUAAGUCUGCUGAAAUAGCUAUGUGCAUGUUUAUGCAAGUGAGAAAGGGUAAAGAUAAUUAAUAAAUAAGAUAUCAUCUCCUACUCAUCUAAGUCCAUCCAACAGGAUUGACCCUGGAUUCCCAUGACACUGAAUGACAGUCAGUUGCUACUGUUUUUAAACAGCAGAUGGGAAGAAAAAAAACCCGGAAAAGGAGAAACAAGGCGCAACUGUCCCUUUCUGUAUCUGCAUUUUGGUCCCAGAUUAGGAUGCGUUGGUUUUUUCAGGCCUAUGGAAAGGAAUAAUGUGAGACCUAGACAGCUGUUGGGUUGUUUGAUCUUCUGAUUAUCUGAUGCUUUGGGUUGGUUGUGGUUAUAUUUGUUUUAUCUUUUGUUGGUUUUAUGGUCCUUGUAUUGAUUUGUGCAAUUUAAUAGAUGGUUGUGCACCACCCUGGGAAUGUUGGGGGUCGAAGGACCGAAUACAAGUGUCAUUUAUUCAUUUAUUCAUUCAAUUUAUACCCUACCCAUCCUCCCAAGCAGCCUGGGGAAGCGAUAGAUAGACAGAUAGAUAGAUCCUUCACUUCGCUGGUUACGUCAAUUCAGAUGGAGGUCAGAGUACUGUAGUUCACUUCAGUAUGCUGAAGGCAUUGCUUAAAAAAACAACAAACUACAACAGUGUAGUCAUUAACAGUUUAAGGACCCUUGGGUCUUUUAUUAUUUUUUAAAGUAUUGUUCAAACUGUGUCCAGGAUCCGCACACCCACUGAAGGGACUUUUCACCUCUUUAGUAAUACAUAGAAGACUGCUGAAGUCAAACAGGUUAAUCCCCAUAGAGUUAUGGAAGGGAGAUAAUUCAGGAGUAGCCAACAUUGUGCCCUCCAGAUGUUUUGGACUACAACUCCCAUCAGACCUGACCAUACUGGCUGAGAGUGCUGGGAGUUGAUAGUCCACAGCACCUAGAGGGCACUGCAUUGCUUACCUGGGUUAAUGAAAGGAACAAACGCGAUCAAAAGGUUUAGCUUGGAGCCAGGCAAAAACAUUCCUUUAUAACCAGGGCUUUGGCUGAUUAAACACUGUGUGGUUUUUAAAGGUGUUUGUGAGAGAUGGGGGUAUUGGGUUGUGUCUUUUUCUGUCUGUCUGUUUUUAUUAUGAUACGUAUUUUGUGUUUUCAUGCUGUAAACUGCCCUGUAACACCCCCCGUGAUCUUCGGAUGAAAGGCAGUAUAUAAAUUUAAUAAAAAAUAAAAAAGGUUUGGGACAUUUGCAGUGCAAUCAUGUCUACUCAGAAGUCCUAAUUAAUUCAAUGGGGAUUUCUCCUGGGUAAACGGGGUUAGGUUCGCAGCAGGAGACUUCAGUUCUAAACAUGCUUACUAGGAGGCCUAUUUAAUACAGUGGUACCUCGGGUUAAGUAUUUAAUUCAUUCCGGAGGUCUGUUCUUAACCCGAAACUGUUCUUAACCUGAAGCACCGCUUUAGCUAAUGGGGCCUCCCGCUGCCGCCGCGCCGCCGCUGCACGAUUUCUGUUCUCAUCCUGAAGCAAAGUUCUUAACCUGAAGCACUAUUUCUGGGUUAGCAGAGUCUGUAACCUGAAGCGUCUGUAACCCGAGGUACCACUGUACAGUGAGAUUACCUUGAAGUCAAUAUUGUUACAAAAGUCGGGUGUUUCCCGCUCUCUCUGCCAAACAGUGGCCAGAGCCCAUGGGGUUCCAUGCACUCCCUCAGGGUUUGUGCUCCAUCGGAGAAUGGAAGAUGCUGCGGGGACUGCCGUAGCUUUAAGAAAUUUGGUGUAUUCACAUAUUUACACCUUCAGUGUGCAUGGAGGCAGUCCAGAUCUUACAGCACGAUCAUCUCAAGAGGGGUUUGUCUCCUGCAGCAGUCCAGUCGAAAGCAUCUCUCCAUUCUCCUGUUCCUAAACACCAAGUCUCUUUUAUUCCGUUGCAUUCUAGUGGUCAGGUCUUUUGAUGUUUUGAAGUACUAAUGACUAAUCUCAGGAGUUUGCUGAGUUCAUCAGCACUUGUAGGAUUAAGGACUGGUACACAAUUAGGACAUUUACAUAGUUUAAUCAACUUCACAUGCUAAUUGCUAAUGCUCAGAAGUAGGUACACGCCUUCCAGUACACAUGGAUCUUGAUCACAUUCUCUAAGCCUGACACAGUCUUUACACAUCAACAUCUCACACCCCUUGCAUAGCCUCCUUUCUAAUACACAUUGAGACGGUCUUAUAUCCCAGUUAUACAAGUUCUAAUUAAAUCCUCAUUUACUAAACCUAAACAUUUAGCCACAGAGCUAUCACAAUAUGAAUAGGAUAGCACUGUUACAAGAGUCCCGAUUGUCCGGGAAUAUAAAACUGAGGGAUUGAGCGGAACUGCCUAUAGAAAAAGGAGGGAGAAACUCCUAGGUAGUUGUCAAUGGAAGUGGGAUGAGACGCCCUCCAAUUGCCCUCCUACUCCCAGUAUCAAAUCUCAAUGGGUUUGUUCUUUCCCAGUCCAGGGAAUCUGUUGGGACAAACAGACUUCUCGAAAUAGCAGAAGGAGGCGGCGGUUUCAUCGUAAAAUGAGAGCCGGCUUCUGAGCCAAUCGACCACUGAGUCACCCUGAGGCUUGGCUCCGGGUUGACUCUACUUGGCGAAGGAGCUCGGUUUCUUUCACUAGAACAAACAGCUCGUUCUCCAGUGCCAGCUCCCUCCGCCUGACAGCUCAGCUCUCCCUGGAGGAGACCAGGGCGCUAGUUCAGAUGUCAGUCGGACCAACAUUCUGCAAACUCCCAGAUGAAGGAAAAAGGCAUUUGUUUUGCUUAUAUUCUUUUCAAUCCUUAGGAACCCAAGAAGCUGCCUUAUGCCGAAUCAGACCACAGGUCCCUCUAGCUCCGUAUUAUCUAUACAGUGGUACCUCGGGUUACAAACGCUUCAGGUUACAUACACUUCAGGUUACAGACUCCGCUAACCCAGAAAUAGUACCUCGGGUUAAGAACUUUGCUUCAGGAUGAGAACAGAAAUCGUGCUCCGGUGGCGCGGCAGCAGGAGGCCCCAUUAGCUAAAGUGGUGCUUCAGGUUAAGAACAGUUUCAGGUUAAGAACGGACCUCCGGAACGAAUUAAGUACUUAACCCGAGGUACCACUGUACACUGAUCGAUAGUGGCUCUUCAGGAUUUCGAGCAGGGCUUUCCAGCCCAGCCUUACCCGGAGAUAACCAGGCUCGAACCUGUAGGCAAGGCAGUUGCUCUGCUACUCAGCUACAGCUCUUCCCCAAGAACCUCAGGGAAAUUAUGGCAAUGCGAAGAGAACAAAUAUUUUGAAGCAAUGGACUUUGUGCCUUUAACAUCAUAUAGUGCGCAGGCCAAUCUCCUUGUUUAAAGCAAUAGUCACUCCGUGAGCUGCUACCAGUGAUUUCGUACGCCAACCAACCAACCAACCACAUGCGUUCUGAUUACUCUUCAGAUUCCUUUCCCUUCUUUAAAUCACAUCCCUAUUCUUUGGGGAACUCGUUCUUUCUAUCAAGAGAAAGACAACAGAAGAAGGCAAUUGUGAGGAAAGGGACUACAAAUAAUGUGAUGAUAGUCUAUUAUGUGGUCACAUUUAGCCCUCGUUUAUGAGUGCAAGUAAAUUUCUGGGCUCUCUGGCUCACUCUAUGAAGUCCUUUUGAAACAAUCUACCCGAAAGAUAAAAUAAAAUAACUAAGGAGCACUUGAGCGUUUGAAUUUUUAUUUUCUAUAUUUGUUUUGGUGGGGAGACGAUGCGGAGGAUACGAGAUAGAUUUAGAAAAUUACGGACCGAGAGAAGCGAAGGAAAUCUCUCGACCCCCCCCCCCAAAAGCCCACUUUAAAAGUGUGUGCGUUGUUACUAGACUUCGAGCAACGCAAUGAAAUUAGUUGGAAGAAAAAUCUGAACUACCCAAUACAAUUGUUUCUGUGGUUGAUGGCCAUCAUUUUUAAAUGGCCCUUUAAAAACCCAGUUUAAGACAAACCCAUGAAGAGUAGAACUAUCAGAUGGCAUGGCUGUUAACAGUGAGGGAUACGUGUUCAGAGAGAGUACGUAUAUCCCAAACAACAGGUGAAGGCGAUCGUAUUCAAAUCCUGCUUGUAGACUUCCAGGAAGCAGCUGGCUGGCACGGGGCAACAUAGAAAACUGCCUUAUACAGUAAUGAGUCAGAAACUGGGGACCAUUUGCAUGCAGGGCAGAUGUUUUACCACCGAGCUAUGGGACUUCGCUGUAGGAAGAGGACGCUCAGUGAGAUAAACAGACCUCUGGUCUGUUCUAGCAAAGCGGGAGUGAGGUGGCGGAGACUUACUUGGGCUCCAAAGGUGUAGCGGUGGUGGUGGGAGGGUCAAGGGGAUCGAAGAUCUGCGACUAUUUCUGCAACUGGGUAUCUGUCUCCAGCGUCCUAUAGCCACUCAAUCAACGUGAAAAGGGAGCUUUCUUCCCACUCUUUGUGCUUAAUGGAGCCAAUCAGAGAGAAAGGAGACGAGUCAGCUGCUGAGGGUUAUUCUGGGCAAGGUGUGCGCAAUGAGAAGUUGUUCCAUAUGCUCCAAAGCUAAGCAUUUAAGGAACACUGAAAACACAAGGUGCUUACAUGUCAAGAAUACAAGUGCACAAGUUCUGUACAAUGGAACUUCAAGAGAAACAUCAUCUAAGUCCUCUGAAAAAAGUUAUUGGACUACUCCAAAUCAUUUGCCCAUGUUUGUGCACAGAAAAGAGUAGAGUAGGCUGAAAGGCAACUCAUGAAGAUCUGCACUGGCCAUUGCAACACGCCCCCAAUUAUCACUAUAGUAUAACUGGAAGAUCAUUGUAUAAUCUUAGAAGGGGGUGCGGCUGUGAGGUUGUGUGGCUAUGACUAUCAUGAAAUGAUCCUUCACUUCUGAAUUUGCCACUAUGCCACUGCAAACAGUAAAGUUUGCUGUAUCUGAGGUGCCUCUGGUUGCAGUCGUGUCUUAGGCAACUUGAGAUUCUGGACUUCAUAGCCUUCCCCACCCACCCUUCUUGAGAUGGAAAUGUGUAGUUCUUCACUUCUUUCUAAGUGUGGUUAGCCAGCCCUGCUGCGUUGGAGGGUCCUGCUCGUUCUGCUGAGUGGGACUCUGAAUUUCUACCCUCAAGUGGUGUCCUGAUGGAACCACGGCUCUGCCGCGCGUGGAUAGUUGGGAAUGAAUUUGACAUGGCUCGAAAAUGCCAGGAGGAGUAUCUCUCUCACCCCGCCGCCUUGUACAGUAUAAGGCUGCAAGCCUAACCCCAUUUACCUGGGAGUAAUCCCUAUUUAGUUCAAUGGGACUUACUUCUAAGUAGACACCAUUAGGCUUGCAGCCACAGACACAAACGUUCCUCUUCUGGUGACACAUAGGUCUUUUGAUCACUGCAGAUGGUGACAGCAGUCACGAAAUUAAAAGACGCCAGCUUCUUGGGAGAAAAGCAAUGGCAAACCUAGACAGCAUCACCUUGCUAACAAAGGUCCGUAUAGUUAAAGCUAUGGUUUUCCCAGAAGUGAUGUAUGGAAGUGAGAGCUGGACCAUAAAGAAGGCUGAAUGGAUGCUUUUGAAAUUAUGGUGUUGGAGGAGACUCUUGAGAGCCCCAUGGACUGCAAGAAGAUCAAACCUAUCCAUUCUGAAGGAAAUCAGCCCUGAGUGCUCACUGGAAGGACAGAUCCUGAAGCUGAGGCUCCAAUACUUUGGCCACCUCAUGAGAAGAGAAGAGUCCCUGGAAAAGACCCUGAUGUUGGGAAAGAUUGAGGGCACAAGGAGAAGGGGACGACAGAGGACGAGAUGGUUGGACAGUGUUCUCGAAGCCACCGGCAUGAGUUUGACCAAACUGCGGGAGACAGUGGAGGACAGGAGUGCCUGGCGUGCUCUGGUCCACGGGGUCACGAAGAGUCGGACACGACUAAACAACAACAGGUCUUUUGACACUGUGUGACACCCCGCCUUCCCUCAAUACACACUUGCAACAGCAAUACAACGCAAUCUUGUUUCCAGGACGAGUUUUGCUUUCCUUCAUCCAAAUCGCAUUGCAAACAAUCUGGAAACAAAAGGGGCCUUCAAGGAAACUUAAUGCCCCAAGGGAAGAUACUAGGAUGGGAAGGUAGCCCACUUGGCAAAGCCGUAGGCAGCUGGAGGAGCAGGGGCCCUGCGCCAGGAUUUUGCAUUCUUGCCACUGGAUGCAGUUGUGGGAAGCCACGAGUGAAAGUAUUUUAUGGGAUAAGACCGCUCGUUACAUUCCCGCUGGGAUAUUGAGGCGAGAAGAGGAAUGGGUCUUGUAGUCCCUUUUACCAAUAUUCGUAUUAUUAUUUAUUGGAUGUAUACCGUGCACCUUUCCGCAAGGAGCCCAGGGCGGCAGUGUACAUACCAAAGGUGCCAUCUCCCUGGGGCCCUGGGUGCCCGAGCACCCACAAAAUUCCCCAUGAAGGGGCUGGGCACCCGCAAAUUUUAAUGUCAGGGCCAUGCACGCUGCAUGGCACUCACGGGCCGCGGGGGCCAAGCUGGCACUCCUGGUACCACCCACUUCUAGGUAUAUAGCAGGGGUCAGCAAACAUUUUCAGCAGGGGGCCGGUCCACUGUCCCUCAGACCUUGUGGGGGGGGGCGGACUAUAUUUUGAAAAAAUACAUAAACGAAUUCCUAUGCCCCACGAAUAACCCAGAGAUGCAUUUUAAAUAAAAGGACACAAUCUACUCUUGUAAAAACACGUUGAUUUCCGGACCGUCCGCGGGACGGAUUGAGAAGGCGAUUGUGCCGGAUUCGGCCCCGGGCCUUAGUUUGCCUACCCAUGGUAUAUAGGACUGGGACCGUGGAAGGAAAACCACUGUCUAUUUGUACAGUACAGUGGUACCUCGGGUUAAGAGCUUAAUUCGUUCCGGAGGUCCGUUCUUAACCUGAAACUGUUCUUAACCUGAAGCACCACUUUAGCUAAUGGGGCCUCCUGCUGCCGCUGCGCCGCCGCUGCACGAUUUCUGUUCUCAUUCUGAAGCAAAGUUCUUAACCCGAGGUAAUAUUUCUGGGUUAGCGGAGUCUGUAACCUGAAGCGUAUGUAACCUGAACCGCAUGUAACCCAAGGUACCACUGUAUCUUACUGCUUGGCUAAAUGCCCGCCCCCGCCCGCUGAAAUAUCUUUUGCAUUGAUAGGUACUAGCAAGUCGAGAAGCUACAGGGGUAUGUAAAGAGGGGCAGAGUCCUCUAUGCUUGAAACUCUUUGAAGGCUCAUCUUUUUCAUCAGCCACGUGCUUCAGGCUUUCCUGUUGAAGUCAAUGGGAAAGUUGGGCUGGACUCGACUCCCUACGCUAGCAGGGGACGGGGAGGGUUUUACGACCCGCCAGCCUGUAGGUUAUAAAUAACGCGCCGUGCACGUGGUUCGAAAGAGCCCAUUUCUAUAAAAUCCAGCGCGGUGACAAACGGUCAAGGAUUAAAAUGAAUAAUAUAUGCCGGGCUGUAUAAAAAUUACAGUCUUACAAAACCAGCCUAUAAAUUUAAAUUUCCGCUCUAGACUAGCGUGUGUGUGUUUGAGCAGCUCCAAAUUGUUCCUUGACAAGACCAGCCUUGGCUUAGGAGCAGGCAGUUAUCGCUAACAGAAACACACGUUUGUCCUGGGGGAUGUUGCUAGGACGUCCUCAAACACACACCCCUUUACGUGUGAAGUGGAGUUGGGGUCACCAAGGCUUCAGCCACCGCAACUUUACCAGUUUUUAAGGUGCAGCAAGAUGUGAUAGCGCGGGCGCAUAUCACGUUUACUCAAAAGUAAAUCCCAUUGAGUUCAAUGAGACCCACACUCAGAGAAGUGCGGGUCGUGUGUAAUACAACUCCAUAUGCCUGUGAGUCAGCCCCGUUAAAUUCACUAGGACUUACUUCUGAGUAGACACGUGUAGGACCCCCCGAUGCUCGUGUACAUUUACUUAGCGUGAAGGGAUGGGGAGAAGAAGCGCCAAUCGUUAAAUAAAUGUCUGGCGACUGUCGGGUCCACUUCCGAAGAGAAAAGGAACUCUGCCAGAAAACGCGGUGGGCUGGAGAGACGGAAAUGUUGGCAACGGUAUUCUGUUCACCUCCUCCCCCAACCAAAUACAAUUUUGUCCUUGCUUUUUGACCGGUGGGAAUGUUUUGCAUGAAACAUCCACCAGAAGACAGGUGGCUCCUGUGACGUCACAGUGUUAGUCAGGCAAGAGGAUGACGCCAUGUCUCGUCUGAUCUUACCACUUACCGGAGAAGGAUGAAGGAGGAGAGAGGGCUAGGCUGCAGGAUGCUCGCCCGGUCCUCCACUGAUGCAGAGAACCUGGACUCGUGGAUGCUAUGACCAAACUUUUCCUGAAAGGUUAGCUCUCCGUUGCUUUGACGAUCCUUCAUUUUUGCUGAUGUUAAUUUGUGUAAUUGCAUGCCUAUGCUAAUGAAGACUAGUUUUGAACGAGGGAUCAUCAGAGGGAUUAAAAACUAGUCCAAGCGUGAGUUUCUCUUUUGUUUACUUGGAAACUAAUCCGGGCUAGAGGCUGUUGAUUAUGUAGCUCAGGGUGUAUAGUCAUUCCAGUUAAAUUACCGUAACGUGGAAUAGAGGAGGGCCCUGAUUCCGUGUAUAAAGGUGUCCUUUAUAGAGAGCCAGUGUGGUGUAGUGGUUAAGAGCGGUAGUCUCCUAAUCUGGGGAACCGGGUUCGCGUCUCCGCUCCUCCACAUGCAGCUGCUGGGUGACCUUGGGCUAGUCAAACUUCUUUGAAGUCUCUCAGCCCCACUCACCUCACAGAGUGUUUGUUGUGGGGGAGGAAGGGAAAGGAGAAUGUUAGCAGCUUUGAGACUCCUUAAAGGGAGUGAAAGGCGGGAUAUCAAAUCCAAACUCUUCUUCUUCUUCUUCUUCUUCUUCUUCUUCUUCUUCUUCUUCUUCUUCUUCUUCUUCUUCGAAUCGCUGGAAUACCAGUUGUUGGGAAUCACAGUUGUUGGGAGAGUACUAUCGCCCUCAUGGCCUGCUUGUGGGCUUCCUAUUGUGGGCUGGCUUGUUGGCCACUGGGGGGACAGAGUACUGGACUCAAUGGGCCUGAUCUAGCAGGUCUCUUCUUAAGACAGAUAAGAAUGACCUGGAAGCAAAUAUCAGAUUUGAGGAGCGUGCGGCUACCUGUUUGCGUUUACAUACCGAAAUGCAGUCGCGUUAUUUUUUGCUCGAUAUGUCACAGGGCUCAGGUUAGGCCCUCUCGGAGUCAAGAACGCUUUCAAUCUUAGUGAUUUCUUAGGAGUCAAAACCGAUUAGUUGUCUUUGCAAAGACUUAUUGAUGCACUUGUGAAUGGUUUCUGCAUAGUAUCCGGGCAGGGGCUCAUCCUCCCAUUCUCGAUGUGUUUAGCCGUCUACAUCACGUCUCAACCACGCCCCCCCCGAGUGUUCUCAUACACCUCUCUCUAGCAAAUUUCCGGAAGGCUCUGUGAGCCUCAGCUCCCUGAUGCAAAACAUGAAUUGUUGGUUUGACUGCAUUUUAAAUAUCCCACAGUAGUUAGGCUUCCCAAGAAACCAUAGGCAGUUUAUUUUAUUUUAUUUUAUGUAUUACAUUUAUAUACCACCUUUAUCUUCUAAGGAUCUCAAGGUGGUGUUCACACGUGUAUCUACAUAACUCUAUUACGUUAAGCCAAGUUUACCAGCUGGUGCACCCAGACAAACACAUAUAACUUCAGGAAUAUAUUCCCGAUAAAUGUGAACUGACAUCAUCGUUAAAAAGCGUUGCCAUUUGUUCUGUUUGUGAUGGGCCUAUGAUGAUGUUCUGUGAUGGCCUAUUCACACGCAUGCAAGUUGUCCUUUCCUGUUGCACGUGUGAAGGAGCUUCAAGUUUCACUUUUCUCUCCAGAAUGUGGCACCCCCUAUAUCCGGGCUGCAGCUGUGCUUUCCAGAGCUCUCUGAGUCAAACAUUUUUGACGCCACGCUUUGAGGUGGAUUACAUGUGCACAUUUAUCACUUGAAAUUUCUUAACUCAGUAGUUCAACUGAAUAUGUGAAUUGCUUCCUCUUAAAAAACGUUGUGUUCGAGGUACUGUAAUGUGAGAAGAUGGAAGACCAACUUCGGUGCUUCCUUAAGGCGUUUGGAGGAAAGAAGGGAUAUAAAUGUAAUAAUACAUUUUUUAAAAAAAGUUCUGCUGGUAAUGGUAAUGACGACUGUCCCAGACAUGUUGCCUGCUGUUUAUGGCUAGCCUCUUGUUUCAACAGCCAAUGAUGGCAUUAAACAGGCCUGACAGGCUUGCAUUCUUUCAAACUCGGUCAUGUUUUUUAAAAACGACCAUAUAAACAAUGCGUGCCAUUGUUCUUAAUAUUUUAUCUCGCACCAUUGUUAUAUACGGCGCUUCGGAGAGUCAUAUAAGCAAAAAGCCAGAUCUCUGCCCCGGGGGAGAUUACAAUUUAAACCGCAAGAGGCUAGGAAGACUAUCCGGGAAAGCAAUUACACUUACUUGGGCAUGUGGACUAAAGGAGUGAAGGCAAAAUUUGCAGAAUGUAAAAUGUGCAUACCAACGGGAAUUUAGAAAUAUCUGCAGCAGGCAUUCCAAAUAUGACUAUAUUCAGCUUAAUUAUGUUAUAGUGGUACCUCGGGUUACAUACGCUUCAGGUUACAGACUCCGCUAACCCAGAAAUAGUACCUUGGGUUAAGAACUUUGCUUCAGGAUGAGAACAGAAAUCGUGCAGCGACAGCAGGAGGCCCCAUUAGCUAAAGUGGUGCUUCAGGUUAAGAACAGUUUCAGGUUAAGAACGGACCUCCGGAACGAAUUAAGUUCUUAACCCGAGGUACCACUGUAUUCCUUGUGAUUGAUUAGUUUCAAAUAAUUAUGCAAUAUAGUUUUAAUUAAUUCUGCAACUGGUUGUUCCUUCUGCCCUCUCUUCGCAUAAGGAAAGCAAAACAAAAAUAGCCUCUGUCCUGCCUCUGGGUUACAGGAGGAUGGGUCCAUUCCUGCCAGAUUAAACAAAAGGUGGGCUUCAUUCCAGCGACGCGUGUUUCUUAAUUCGCCCUCCUACGGUCCACGUUCUGUUGCGGAGUCAGUAGAGGAACUUGAGUGAGGAGGGCAGGAGUUGCAAAAGCAACCCCUCCUCUACUUGACAUGGGAGCUAACAUGAAACAAAGACGCGCUGGAAAUGAAUUAUUAUCAUGCUUUUUUCAAAUUAACCACGUUGUUUCCUCAUUGGAGUGGCUUUUUGUUGUUGCUGCUUGUUUUUGUUUUCACUUUAAAAGUUCAAUCUGGCAUCAGGAUGUCAUCAAUCUGCCUUAUUAUCGCCAGUCAAUGAAAUACACAUUGGCUUUUAUGAUGUUGCUUCUGAAGCAAACCGAGAUACACAAAAGCGGCGGGAUUCAAGUAGCAACCAAUAAAAAGUUACUGGUGCCGGGAAGCGGCAGACGGGUUGGAAGUGGGGAAGGGGCGCGGGGGGGGGGAGGGAGGAGAGACAGGGCCGGCGAAGAUCUGCGGUCACUGUCUACCAUCUGCGGUUCGGGUGAGGAGGAGGACGAUGACGUCAGCGCCCUCUCAGCAUCCUAUUAAUGCCUCGUUUUAAAAGGCCGGAAUGCCGCCUCUGAGUCGGAAGGGGAGGUUGCCCCCCACCCCACCGCCAGUCACGUCCCUCCCUGAUACACGACAGAGAUAAUGAAACCCAGGACAUAGGCAGCUGAGCUGCUUUACACCGAGUCAGAGCAACUGACCCAUCCCGUUUAGUGUUGUCUGCACUGAUUGGCAGCUGCUUUCCAGGGUUUCAGGCAGGGGGCAUUCCCAGCCCCACCUGGAGAAGCCAGGGCUUGAACCUGAGACCUUCUGCAUGCUUUGGUGUUGAGCUGCAGCCUUUCACCACCAGCUUUUUUGAGCGGACAGUUUAGAAACAACCAAGCCGUGCACUAAGAUUCUUGGGAGUGUUAUCCCUCUCCCAAGUUUUAGGAUGCUCUUAGGAUGCUCUCUUAUACACCCACAAAGCCCCGCCCACUACGGACAGGUGUGGUACCACAAAUUCUACCAGACGUCUGCAUUAUGAGCAGUUAAAAAAAACCCUAAUCAUCCUCAGCACUUGGCAGGGUAAUUCAGAAGACCAAACUACCCUGGGAUGAGAGAACUCGUUGUUUUAUAAAAGGAAAUGGUACCCCUGACCGUUAGGUCCAGUUGCGGAUGACUCUGGGGUUGAGGUGCUCAUCUCGCUUUACUGGCCGAGGGAGCUGGCGUACAGUAAUGUGGCCAGCAUGACUAAGCUGCUUCUGGCGAACCAGAGCAGCACAUGGAAGCGCCGUUUACCUUCCCGCUGGAGAAAUAGUUGAAGGAGGGACAGCAGGGAAAAAUAUAUGCCGAUGUGAAAUGUGCAGGCUUCUGUAAGAGAGAUCACAAGACGAGUAGUACUGUAAUAAUAAUUAUGACUUUAUUUAUUUUAUUUGUAAAAUUAUUUAUAUGCUGCCUUUUGGGUCCCAGCCCAAUAUCAUAAAAGCUCAAUAAAUACAGUCAUCUAAAGCAAUCAAAAUUAACAAAGGCAUCAUCAUUAAGAAAUAUUUAAAAGGCCAGUGAAAACAUUUACAAAGACUAGUAAAAGACUUACUGCACUCUUCAGUAUGCCAGGUGCCUCACAAUUCUUAGCCAUUUGGUUAGAGGCAUACAUACGUGUGGUAGGUGCAUUUUGUAAGACAGUGUUCGUGGAAGACAAUCUUACUCGGGCUACAAGUGAAAGCCAAAGAAGAAGAAGAAGAAGAAGAAGAAGAAGAAGGCGGCAGCUGUGGAACAAGGAAGCCAAAAUGAUUUUGUUAUCUAAAUAUGGGGCUCCAUUUUCUUCUGUCUGCUCUGGGUGAAUUCUGGCACAGAAUCUUCAAACAAAUGCUCUGGAAGAGGCCCACUGAAACAUGUGCAACUCCUUAGGAGCAAACAGCUUGAAGAUGAUAGCCAGAAUUGAUAAGUAGAAGUUUGGUAUAGAAAUUGAGAGUAGAUAGAGAGAAGACCCUCCAAGACCCUCUAGAUCAGUGGUUCUCAACCUGUGAGUCCCCAGAUGUUGUUGGACUACAACUCCCAUCAUCCCUAAGCUCUGGCCUUGCUAGCUAGGGGUGAUGGGAGUUGUAGUUCAACAACAUCUGGGGACCCACAGGUUGAGAAAGGCUGCUCUAGAUGGUCAUUUAACCUGUGCUGACCUUCCUUAGACCAAACUACUAUGCUUAGGGUUGCUGACCUCAUUUCCUUCUCCCUCCUUCUCCAUGCCUCUCUCUUGAGGGGAAACAUCAAUUUUCGGAUCUCUCUCCAUCCAAGGGUGGCAAUUUGAAUAAAAUAUGGGGGGGGGGCAAGUAAGCCCCAUGCUGCAUAAUCAUUCAGAAGACAUGGCACAUGCACAUUUUUUGAAUGGCAAUGCCCAUCAACUUGGGGGGCCCUUGGCCCCCUCAAAUAUUUUAUUUUACGGGCCAAAAGGACCUUGGCUGCUAGGAGUUGACUCCUAGGUCUCCCUCCAUGCUGCAAGAACAAGCAGGGCCUGUUAGCUAGAACUAGGGAUCUUUCUUAUCAAAUAUGUAUUUAUUGUAUGUAUGUAUGUAUGUAUGUAUGUACAGUGGUACCUCGGGUUACAUACACUUCAGGUUACAUAUGCUUCAGGUUACAGACUCCGCUAACCCAGAAAUAGUACCUCGGGUUAAGAACUUUGCUUCAGGAUGAGAACACAAAUCAUGUGGCGGCAGCAGGAGGCCCCAUUAGCUAAAGUGGUGCUUCAGGUUAAGAACGGACCUCCAGAACGAACUAAGUACUUAACCCGAGGUACCACUGUAUUGGAGAACAGCCUUUACCAAAGGUGUCAUGGACCACCAUGAUCAACUCCCACCCAGAAACCUACGUCUCCAUUCUGGAAGGCCGUGUGGAUCCAGAAUUGGCCUCCACAGUCACUUAUGGACUCACUGUUAAGACUGUGUUCAUGGAAGACAAUCUUACUCGGCUACGAGUGAGUGCCAAAGAAGAAGAAAAAGAUUUCUUGCAAUGAAUGUAGCUUUCUUAUUUUCCAAACUCAGGGUCUCAGUGUGAUUAUACCGAGGGCAAAGUGUGCUCCUCCAGCAGGAAUUUCAGUUUUCAGUUCAGCAUCAGCCAGCAUUUUAACUCCAAAGUCCAAUAUCUUAUACGCCCCCACACAAGUACAUACUGAAAUUUUUAAUCCUUAACAUCAUUUUGCAUUCAUCCAGUAACCUAUACAUUCCUUUCAACUGCUGCCAAGAAGCAUAAAGCGUGUUCUGCCCCUACAGGGGUCAGUUAUUUAGUGACAGCAAUUCUCUGUGUUAGUAUUAGGUAGAAGGAAUAACAAUGCUUCCCCUUUAAGGAAAUAUAGUGCUUUCUCCCCUUUUUAGACCCCAAGGCAGGUUGGGAAAUGUAGGCACAGCCAUAGUCUACUUUCUGUUGGCUCUGCCAGAGAGCGGGGGUGGGGGGGGACCUCUGGCAGUGGCCAAAGCAGGAAGUAACCUCCCUUCCUCCUUCGUAAUCUAGUAGCAGUCUAGUUAUGGCAAACCCAAGAGAGGCGAACUGAUUUCGUCCUUACUGUUCAGUCUGGAGAUUUCUCUCUUUUUCUGGAUAGUAUUAACAAAACUCCACAAAGCUCUCAUACAUAGAUUUACUGAAGAUAAUAUAAUCAAGGCACAUGUAGAAAUAUUACUCCCAUUCCAAUAGGCUGUUGUAUGGUUCUGAAUGAAGGUGAUUAGAAACUCUUUAUGAAGUCACUGUGGAGCUCUGUAAAGAUGAAUUGAGCCAAUAGUGUGAAGUGGAAUUUCCAGGGUUCAAAUCCUAACUCAGCAAUUGACUCAGAUAAAGGGUCCUUAAGCAAGCCAUUGUUCUUCUCAAAGGAGCCAGCUCCUAGGGACCAAUAUCCAAGGUUCCUUCUCUCCCCUAAUAUUUUUUUUGAGAGGGCCAGCCCCCCCCCCAAGUUAAUGGACAUUGCCAUUCAAAUGGUGUGUGCACACCGCGUCUUGUGAUCGAUUAUGUUGGGUGGGGCUUAUCUCAGUCCCUCCAAUAUUUUAUUCAAGUUGGCAUCCCUGGUUUGUUUAGUCUUGGCUGUGGGCCACAACCCCAUACACAUGUACCUGGGAGCUCAACACAACUUAUGAGGAAACAUGUAUGAGGUAUUACAAACCUACCUUACAAUUAUUCUAAUGCUUGUUGAAAUCAGAAGUGAAGUGAUUCAAAAAUUUAAAACGUAUUUUGUAGAUGUAGUGUUUUCCUGUUAUCAAAGAAGACUCUAACUAGCUUUUGAAGGAUGAAAUAUAUAUUUUAUCCACUGAAACGAAUCAAAAAGGGGCAGGGGCAGUGGAGGUUAGGAUACACCAGGGUGCAUUAGCUGGAGUUACAUCUCUUCUCAACAGUAAAUAAAAAUUAACCACACUACCCUUUUAAAAAAUAUAUGAAAUGUCUUCAAUGCAGUUUUCUAAAGGAAGUUAGCUCUCUCUCUCUCUAGCAAAGAACAUUCCUGACAAAGGAAUGUUGGUGUGUGUGAUAACCUGUCCCCAGAUCCAGAAAGUGCUGGUGUGAAUUCUAACACUACAUAAAAACUUGGCGUUUCUCAGAACUCCCCAUAAAAUGAAUGUAAAAGAAUUGCUACCCCCAAUUCAUCUGCAGCUUUACAAUUUUUGCAGCUUCUAGGGAUGACUCAGCAAAUCUUCCUCCAUCAUCUCAGUAACUGGAGCUUCAGCUGAAAACUCCAGUCUCUAGACACCCGUGUCAGCGACACCUGACGCAGCAAAAUCAUAUACUGCCGAGUCAUAAGUGAUGCUCCGAGGAGUCUGAACUGAGGGCGAAAUCCUGAUCCAUUAAAUUUAGUGGGAUCGCCAUUAGCUUUAAUGCGAGCAGGACUUCAGCCAAAGUGAAUUAAAGUCAGUCGAAGGAUAAUGUUUUCGUUGAUGCAGCACAAUAUUUGUGGUGUUGAUCUUGUUUCCUUCCCCCACCCGCAGUACUGGAAUUACGACGAAUUCAUAUCAUCUACCAAAAGAUUAUAAAUAUUGAGUGCCGUCCUCCCCCUACCCACCAAGCCUCAACCUUCACCGGUUCCAAAUGUGUGACCCAGAUGUAACCAUUUCCAUUUACACCUGGAGUGUUGAAGUAGACUAGUUAAUUAAAUACAAACUAAAGCAGAAUUAAACAGCUGUAAUAGCGUUAUCUCACAAUAAAUCUCUCCCAAGAAAUAAUCGAGAUCCAAUCCCGCUGGGAAUCUUGUAUCUAACAAAGUAUGCAAAAUAUGUGUCUAACUUGCUCCCCUAGUUUGGAAAUAGAGACCCCCCAAAUAGUUUAUUAGCUCAAGGAAUAGGGGCAACUUAGUGGGAGCCCCAACUUGUGGGCUUCCCAGAAGCACAUAGCAGGCCACUGUAGAAAAAAGUUCUAUCAAGUUAAAUAGAGUUCCUUGCCAAAUAAGUGUGUACUGUACAGGACUGUGGCUUUAGAAUACAUCCUUAUACAUACCUACCCAGGUAAAUCUGUAUAGAGAUGUAGCCUCAACCUGAUCCAGCAGGGUUAUUUUUCUUAUUACCUUUAUAUUGACCCUGUAACGUUAUAGACUCUUUAGAGUCCCAUGGACUGCAAGAAGACCAAACAUAUACAUUCUGAAGGAAAUCAGCCCUGAGUGCUCCCUGGAAGGACAGAUCGUGAAGCUGAGGCUCCAAUACUCUGGCCACCUCAUGAGAAGAGAAGACUCCCUGGAAAGGCCCCUGAUGUUGGGAAAGAUGGCGGGCACAAGGAGAAGGGGACAACAGAAGACGAGAUGGUUGGACAGUGUUCUCGAAGCUACCAGCAUGAGUUUGACCAAACUGCGGGAGGCAGUGGAAGACAGGAGUGCCUGGCGUGCUCUGGUUCAUGGGGUCACGAAGAGUCGGACACGACUAAACAACUAAACAACAACGACGUUAUAGAAGGUAAUGUAGAAAAUGGACCCAGAUCUCCAGGUGCUAUGGCAGAAGGUUGCUCCAGAUCUGGAUGAUCCACUCCCAAUUGUUUAAGGAUAGCAAUAACAAACAGGCUCUUUCCACCCCCUUUCUCCCCUAAAUCAAGUUGCUGAAACAAAUACAGGAGUGUGGUGCGAAAGGAUUGUGAGCUCAGCGCUUGAACCAAUUCCUAGGCUGAGUUUAAAAAGGCAUCUUGUCCCUUAAUUAUGUUUCUCUUUUCCUCCCCCCAUUUCACACCUGGCUUGGGUUGGUGGAUCUCGAGGUCCUGGUUAAAAAACGAAACAGAUCCGUUAAUACUAAAGGUUUGUCCGCACCUACCACGCAGGGCUGUUGCACGGUUUACUCUACAGCAAGCUGAGGUCCACGAAAUGCUCUGAGCCCUGGAACUCGCUAUAUAAAAUUAUUGAAGGAUAACUAAACAGCAUCGAAUGUACUUUUAGACGUCGGCGCAGAAUGCGUCCUUGUGCUUUUCUGGUUUUUGCAGCCCCGCUGCUUUCCAAAAACAGCCUCCGCAGAAGGAGGGAAGAAUCAUUUGUCCGACUCAAUCGCUCUGGGGCUAAGCUUUACUCGGGGCUCAGGGCACUGGCUGGAAUAAGGUGAACUAGCUCUUUAUUCGUCAGGUACAGAGAGCUCCACGCGCUAAUCAAAACUGUGUUGAAAGGCUCCCUUUGGAAACAGUACGCUGGGCUCAAGGCCAAUCUGGAUUUGACGCAAUGAAGGAUUGCAACGACGGUCGCUUCCAAGUUUCAGCGUUCAGCAGGGUUGCAAAAAUUAUAUAAAAAAUAAAAAAAAUAAAAAAUUAGAGGUAAUCCCCCACCCCCGUCAGGAACCUUUACAAGGGAGAACAGCCACCCCGCCCCAACAAUCAUGGAUUGGCUUUUAAUUACUACGGGGCAGGCUGAGUUUAGAAAGCGUUUGGGGCUGUGACAAGGACGAUCGCUUUCGGCCUUGUUGCUACAGCCAAAAGAAAGGAUUUAUGGUGAUGAUUCAUUUAUUCUAUACAGCACCUUCAAAGUACUUGGCGUUAUGUAAGAAAAAGAAAAAAAUAGCUGUCCGCAGUCCCGAAGAGUUAUCAACCUAAACUAUGAAAGUAGGGCAGGUAGGGAAGAGAAGAUUACUUUCUUCAGGAGAGACUGGUUAGGAGGAGAUCCUUUCUAAAUAUGCAAAGAUAUUCUAUUAUAUGGGUAACUUCUCAUGUGGCCAGAUUUAGGUUUGAUGUGGCCCUAAGCUCCUGAAGGUAAUGGGGCUCUUUAUAUGUCCACAUAUAAAUUGUCCUUUGUCCACAUCAAAUUGUCACUGUUUUUUUGUGUUGAAUAUAUGCUGCAUGGUAAUUUAUGGACCUAGUAGGUAUCUAAAGCCAUUUGCACAUAACAAAAUAUGUAUUUUAUCAAAGUAAUUGUUGAACUGAAAUACAAUUAAGAAGUAUAUUAAUAGUGAAGGGAUGCGGGUGGCACUGUGGUCUAAACCACUGAGCCUCUUGGGCUGCUGAUCGGAAGGUUGGCAGUUCAAAUCCCCUUGACGGGGUGAGCUCCUGUUGCUUGGUCCCAGCUCCUGCCCACAUAGCAGUUCGAAAGCACAUCAAAGUGCAAGUAGAUAAAUAGGCACUGCUCCAGUGGGAAGGUAAAUGGCGUUUCUGUGCGCUGCUCUGGUUUCACCAGAAGCAGCUUAGUCAUGCUGCUUAGUCAUGCUGGCCACAUGACCCGGAAAAACUGUCUGCGGACUAACGUCGGCUCCCUUGGCCAGUAAAGCAAGAUGAGCGCCACAACUCCAAAGUUCAUGAAUGGACUUAACUGCCAGGGAUCCUUUACCUUUUUUAUAUUAAUAGUGAUUUUUUUUGGGAGCCCCCAAGAGAGUGGGGCCCUAAGCUAUAGCUUGUUUAGCUUAUACGUAAAUCCAGCACUGGCUUUGAGCUUCCUGGAGCUGUUAAUAGUUAAUAAUUUAUUUUAUUUACUAUAGCACACUAGUGGUUCUCUUGUAGCAAACAGUCUGGGAAGUACUGGAUUGUGGGCUUAAGCCAAAAACCUUACAGGAAAAAGUCAUGUUUGCUAUAUUCCCCCUUCCUCCGAGGUGACCUACAUUCCAGCCUGCCAUACAUGGCUGCAACCAGGGGUUUAGGGAUCCUUUUUGUGGGGAAUGGAGGUCUUGCCCUGCGACUGCAAAACUCCAGGCAGGGUGGGAUCUGUCACACAGCUGGCAGGUGGGCAUACAUCCUGGCAGAACACAAAUGGUGCAGGCUGCUGUAGGAUAAAGCAGGCAUAGGCAAACUCAGCCCUCCAGAUGUUUUGGGACUACAACUCCCAUCAUCCCUAGCUAACAGGACCAGUUGUCAGGGAUGAUGGGAACUGUAGUCUCAAAACAUCUGGAGGGCCGAGUUUGCCUAUGCCUGGCAUAAAGCAAGGUUUGCCAAUCUUUGCCCCUCCAGAUCUUGCUGGACUCCAGCUCACAACAUUGCUGACAGCAGGGCAUGAUGGCUAGAGCUGAUAGGAGUUUAUCAAUAUCUGGCAGUUAGCCCAGCCCCCUUUCCAGGUAUAAAGCAAGGCAGGUGACAGUGACCUCAGAGAAGAUGCCACAAAAUAUAGUAUUUGUUGUUUAGUCAUUUAGUCGUGUCCGACUCUUCGUGACCCCAUGGACCAGAGCACGCCAGGCUCUCCUGUCUUCCACUGCCUCCUGCAGUUUGGUCAAACUCAUGUUGGUAGCUUUGACAACACUGUCCAACCAUCUCAUCCUCUGUUGUCCCCUUCUCCUUGCGCCCUCCAUCUUUCCCAACAUCAGGGUCUUUUCCAGGGGGUCUUCUCUUCUCAUGAUGUGACCAAAGUACUGGAGCCUCAGCUUCACGAUCUGUCCUUCCAGUGAGCACUCAGGGCUGAUUUCCUUCAGAAUGGAUAGGUUUGAUCUUCUUGCAGUCCAUGGGACUCUCAAGAGUCUCAUAGUCAAGGUCAUUGAACCCAGGAUGACUUCAGAGUGAUCUAUGCUGUGAUUUCAGAGUGAUCGGCUUUGCUUUAAUCUGCACAGAAUGGCAGAAGUGUAUAUGUUGCAGUGCUGUGUAUGCUUAAUGUACUUGACGACGCAUUGCUUUUCUGGAUUAAUUAGUGGUACAAGUUUUCACAUAUAUAUGGCUUGGAACAACUCCGCAGAACUUUGUAAGCCUAUAAAAUGAUUUCAGCAAAGCAGGGGUGGUUUGCUUUUGCACCACUGGAACUGAAUGCAUUUCUAGCCAUGGGCUAGAAGAAUGUACUUGCCACACAAUAUGCCCAUGUUUCUCACUGGGAGAGGUGUCUACAAAAUUCAAAUUUUCUCCCAUAGUUAGUGGGGUACUGCAAAGGCCAGACAAAUUGCUGGUGGGAGCCAGCGCGUUAUGGUGGUUGGAUUAUUGAGACUGGGACUUGGAGGACCAGGGUUUAAAUCCCCACUCAGCCAUAGAGCUAACUGGGUGACCUGGGGCCAGCCACUAUCUCUCAGCCCAACCUACUUCACACGGUUGUUGUGAGGAUAAAAGGGAGAGGGGGAAAACCAUGUAUGCCCCUUUGAGCUCCUUGGAGGAAAUGUGGGGUAUAAAUGUAGUAAUCAGAGCAGCAGUAGUAAAUAACAACAACCGCAACAACUACAAAUGACUUGUGGGCUGCAACAGGCUUUGCCUGACAUAAAAAUAAAACUGCGUAAUUAUCCCAGAGAAUUCAAAUCUCAAAACAAAAGUAUUAGAAAAAAUAUGCAGAUUCACACAUUGCAAAAUGUACUUUAAAAACAAAAGCAACUUUCCUUCCUCUUUGUGCUCUCUCUCUUUAAAACUGAUGAGUCCCUCCUCUGUUGGACAUAGAAAAUAAUAAUAAUAAUAAUAAUAAUAAUAAUAAUAAUAAUAAUAAUUUAUUGUUUAUACCCCGCCCAUCUGACUGGGCUUCCCCAGCCACUCUGGGCGGCUUCCAACAAAAUAUUAAAAUACAGUAAUGCAUCAAACAUUAAAAGCUUCCCUAAACAGGGCUGCCUUCAGAUGUCUUCUACAAGUCAGAUAGUUGUUUAUUUACUUGACACCUGAUGGGAGGGCAUUCCACAGGGCGGGCGCCACUACCCAGAAGGCCCUCUGCCUGGUUCCCUCUCACUUGGCUUCUUGCAGUGAGGGAACCACCAGAAGGCCUUCGGCGCUGGACGUCAGUGUCCUGGUAGAAUGAUGAGAGUGGAGGUGCUCCUUCAGAUAUACAGAAGAAAUUAUUUGUAAGGGUAAAACAACAAUUCUGUGCUGCCUUGGAAAGUAUUUGACUUGUACCCAGUGCUGUGCCAGCAGGGUUCAGCUAUAUCACGAUGCAACUUCCAUGUCUUCUUCCCUCCCCAUAACCCCCAAAAUCGGCUCCUGAAAGCCCUACUACCCUUCAGAGCUGAUUUUGAGGGUGUAGGAGUGGGGCUGAAGGGGAAACGAAAGGAACAGGAGGUCCCAGCUUGUGUACACAAGCCCCUUGCCAUGCAGCCCUUUUUAUCCAAGGAAUUUUUAUUUUUUUUACCUAUCAACUUUUAUUUCCCAUUUUUCUUUAUUUCCUUUUCUUGGGGAGGGAAGCACUGCAUCUCCCCAUAAGAUGAAAGACCACAUUGAAAUGCAAAGCAUGAUGAUGAUUGCUAUACUUUACUUUUUAUAUGCUAGGUGUUGCAACAUUACAGACAACCUUUGAGAACCAUAAAUGCCCAUGACUGCAUCAAAAGAAAGUUACAAGGAGAAACCAAUAAUUAUUGUUGAGCAAGAGAGAGAGAGAGGAAAAAAACCCCAACAGCUCAAUCAGAGGAAGCGGAAAGCCAGCCAGUUCACUUUCCUCCUGUCAUUUCUUCCCGGUAUGUUCUUCUCUCCACCCCAACAACAACAACCCUCCAUCUUCUUUUCUAAUAAAUUACCAGCCAUACUGUUAAACACUUUA